AUCGGCUCCGAACAGUCAUGAAUAUAAUAAAGUAAUUAUACAGUUGAUUAGUUGAACUGUUUACAAGCUAAAAUCUCAUAAUCAGCUCCUCUUGCUCACUCCACUGAUCUCUAUCCACAUUCACCAGAUCAUCAGUAAUGUCUUCCUGUGAUAAACCUGAGGUGGUUGAAAGGGGUGUCAAGGACAAAGAUGAAGGACAGGGCGGAUUUUUUGGAACCAUAAAAAACUUUGUACAAGAUAUAGGAGAGAAGAUUGAGGAAACAAUAGGAUUUGGGAAGCCAACAGCAGAUGUUUCAGCAAUUCAUAUCCCUAAAAUUAACCUGGAAAAGGCUGAUAUUGUUGUUGACGUGCUUGUGACAAAUCCAAAUCCAGUUCCAAUCCCUCUUGUUGACAUAAACUACUUGGUUGAAAGUGAUGAAAGAAAACUACUUUCUGGAUUGAUCCCUGAUGCUGGCACUCUCCAUGCGCAUGGUUCGGAGACUAUUAAGAUACCUGUUUGUCUUGUGUAUGACGACAUUAAGAAUACAUAUGAUGAUAUAAAGCCUGGAAAUGUCAUACCUUACAAGGUCAAAGUUGACCUCCUAGUGGAUGUGCCGGUCCUGGGUAGGAUAACUUUGCCUCUUGAGAAAACCGGAGAGAUCCCCGUACCAUAUAAACCUGAUAUUGAUGUUGAGAAAAUCAAAUUUGAAAGUUUUUCAAUGGAAGAAACAGUUGCAAGCCUCCAUAUCAAAUUAGAUAACAAGAAUGACUUUGAUAUGGCACUUAAAGCACUAGACUACGAGGUUUGGUUGGGUGAUGACAACAUUGGUGGAGCAGAACUGUCUAAGUCUGCUCAAAUUGAUAAAUGUGGUAUCACAUAUAUUGACCUUCCCAUCAGCUUUAGGCCCAAGGAUUUUGGAUCAGCUCUUUGGGAUAUGAUGAGAGGAAGAGGUAUUGGUUACACAAUGAAAGGAAACAUUGAAGUGGACACACCCUUUGGUCCAAUGAAGCUACCUAUCAGCAGGGAGGGUGGCAGCACACGCCUCAAGAAGGUCAAAGAAGACGGAUGCGAAGAAGAUGAUGAUGAGGACUAAACUCAUUGCAGCCCUGGAGACAGUUGAGGAAAUUGAAUGUUUUAAUUUGUGCGUGUAGCUGAUUUAAACUUUCAUGCAUUUGUGAGGAUCACACUUGGGCUUUUAGUUUCAACACAUGAAUUAUCUCAACUAGACAAUGUUUGAAUUUUAUAUUUAUGUAUCCUUUUCUACGCACUGGGAAUUUGAUAAAAAAAAAUGUAUUGCAGACUUCUUCGAAAGAAGACAUAUUGUUUUAUUGACCAGUUACUAAACACUGAGCAUGAUGCUUAUGAUUUAGACUACAGUAUAUCAUGUGUAGUUUCCGGCUUUCAA